AUGAUCUCUGAUCCCGACGAUCAAUCCGACUGUACACCAAUUGUGAUUGAUGAUGUUAUCGUUCACGAUUCAACUAUCGCUUCUGAUUCUACUAUCAAGGACAAAUCGAUUCAGUACGAUGACACUAAAAUCGCACCCACUUGCUUGGCACAAUUCUUCAUCAGUUAUAACACUGAGACCAAAUCAGCUGUGUGUUUACUAUGCAAAAGUACAGUAAAGAAGUCUGGUGACUCAACUUUCAACUUUGUGCGUCACGUAAAACGUAAUCACGGUGAUGCUUAUAAUACAUGGACAAUGGCAUUGGCUACAAAAGAAGAAAAGAUACAAUCAAAACAGCCAUCGAUCAAGGAUGCUAUGAACAGUCCUCGUGGCACAAAAUACACAAGUGGUCAUCCUCGACAAAUACAAUUGUCUAAAAUGGUAACAAAUGAUCUGAUUAUUGGUCUCGUAUUACCACUGUCAAUUGUCGAGCGACCUGAAUUUCUUCGAGCAAUGCAUACUGUUGAUCCAAAGUUUGUCGUUCCAUCUCGACGUUCUAUAUGCCUGACAAUUGAUACCUGGACCGACAGAAGAAUGCGAUGUUUUUAUGGAAUUACAAUUCAUCUAAUUGAACAAUGUCUAUUCAAAUCGUACCUAUUGGCAUUUAAAUACCUUUCAGGUAGUCAUACUGGCGACAAAUUAUUGAAAGAAUAUGAAGCAAUCAUGGCGCAGUAUGACAUUGAACAAAAAGUUGUACGACUAGUAACCGACAAUGCCAGCAACAAUAUCAAAGCUUUUGGCUCUCUUAUCGUGCCUGGCUUCGAACCAUACUUCGAAGAAUCUUCAGAUGAACGUUCUGAUGAAGAAGAUGAGGAAGAAGAAGAGAGGAUUGGAGAUGACAGAGAGACAAAUUCAAACGAAAUUAAUGAUUGGUGUGAUACCUUAUUUGUGAGUGAAGAACUUCUGCGACUCCCCUGUUAUAUUCACACGUUGCAGUUGGUAGUAUCCGAUGGCCUCAAAGAAAGUUUUUGUAUAAAGGCGGCUAUUUCGAAGGUAUCAAGUAUAGCUAAAUUCAGUCAUAAAAGUAUAGUUAUGGCAGAAAAGCUAGAACAAGAUGGUUUCAGCAUUCCAGUAGCCGUGAUCACUAGAUGGAACAGCCAAUACUGUACAGUGGCGAAAACAAUCGAAAUUCCAUCCGAUAAACUGAAUGAUUACUUGCGACAAUUAAAGAAGGAUUCAUUGAUUCUAUCACAACGUGAUAUUACUGUUCUCAAUGAAUUCAUUUCUGUGUUUGCAUUAUUUGCGGAAGCCUUUACCAAAGCGCAAGCAGACGAGGCUGCUUCAAUUUCUCUGGUUGCUCCGUCCUUGCUCGAGAUUUACUUCGAUCUUGAAUCAGAGCAAGCUACAUUGAAGUAUGCUAGUGGUCUAUGCAAAGCACUUCUUAAAUCAAUACAAGAACGAUUUGGAGGAUUGCUCAAGCAAUUAGGAUUACCACUUGAUAUUACAAGCAAGACUCGGUCAACAUCUGAACUCUACUCAGACUCGCUCUUUAUCAUGGCCCCAUUCUUGGAUGCUCGCUUUGGUGACCGAUGGAUUAUACAUUCGAAAUUACAAGAUGAAACAAAGUCUUGUCUAUGUGAGACAAUUAAGCGAUUGAUUGCAAAUGCAGCUUUACAAUUACAAGGUUCAGAUAGUAAAGAAAAGGCUGAAACCGUAGUUGAAGCACCUCUUGUCGUCGCAAGUAACAAUACAAGCGUUACUUUAAAGAGAAAGACUCUUUUUGCCUUUCCUAAGACACAGGAACCAUUAACGAAGAAAACACGAUCAAGUGUACUCGAACAAAUCGAAGAAGAAAUACUUCUUUUCUCGUCUGAUGACAGUGCUCUUAUUUUCAAAAAAGCAAAAACCUAUCCAUAUCAUAUAAAAUAUAAAAGUUUCAUCUAA